AUGGACGUCGUGCUCGAGGUCUUCGAUGGCCUCAUGUUCGACCGGCUAUACGCCAACAUCCUCCCAAUCCAAUCCGCAUCGUCGUUCGACCCCAUCUCAACGCUCACCGCCGGCUUCAAGGGCUAUGGCGGCAACGACACAGCAUGGCAAGCGGCGUCACAGGGAGCCGAUAUGGGACUGCAGAGGUCGGCGUGGGAGUACAAGCCGGCGAGCCAGUAUCUCCAGGUGCAGCCGAGCGAGUAUGCGUGGAUGAGCCGGUGGGAUAGGGACGAUGCGUGGCGGCAGACUGUGAGCUUGUACAUCAUUACAUGGCUCUUCGGACUGGUCAUCUACUUCCUCUGCGCCUCGCUCUCCUACAUCUUCGUCUUCGACAAGGACACCUUCAACCACCCGAAAUACCUCAAGAACCAAAUGCGCAUGGAGAUCAAGCAGACCCUCGAAUCUAUCCCCAUCAUGGCCAUCUUCACCGUCCCCGCCUUCGUCGCCGAAGUCCGCGGCCACAGCUUCAUCUACGACAACAUCUCCGACAUCUCCCACCCCAUCCUCACCCUCUUCGGCUCCUCGUGGAACUACCUGCAGUUCCCCCUCUUCAUCCUCUUCACCGACUUCUGCAUCUACUGGAUCCACCGCGGCCUGCACCACCCCAAGGUCUACAAGCGCCUGCACAAGCCGCACCACAAAUGGAUCAUGCCCACGCCUUUCGCCUCGCACGCCUUCCACCCCUUGGACGGCUUCAGCCAGAGCGUGCCCUACCACCUCUUCCCCUUCAUCUUCCCCCUGCACAAAUUCGCCUACAUCGCCCUCUUCACCUUCAUCCAGAUCUGGACCGUGAUGAUCCACGACGGGGAGUAUGUGGCCAACAGCCCCAUCAUUAACGGCGCCGCGUGCCACACCAUGCACCAUCUGUACUUCAACUACAACUACGGGCAAUUCACCACCCUCUGGGACAGGCUGGGCGGCAGCUAUCGCAAGCCGAAUGAUGAGUUGUUCCAGAAGGACCAGAAGAUGAGUAAAGACGAGUGGUCGCGGCAGAGCAAGGAGAUGGAGAAGAUGGUCAAGGAGGUCGAGGGGAAGGAUGACCGGAGUUAUGGGCCGGAGGAGACUUUUGUAAGGAGGAGGCAGAAGGUUGCGUGA